AAAGUUUAUAAACGUGAAUAAUUUCAGAUGAAGAUGGUGUCUAAGUAUAGUGUAGAUGAGAAGGUAUUGUGCUACCAUGGACCUCUGCUCUACCAAGCUAAAUGCAUUAAAACUAAAAAGGAAGGAAACACUCACAUGUAUUUUAUACACUACCAGGGCUGGAACAAGAAUUGGGAUGAGUGGGUAACUGAGUCUAGAAUGUUGAAACAGAACUCUGAGAACUUCGAGAAGCAGAAGAAGCUGUUUGCCUCCCAUCAAGCAUUAAAUAAGGCCAACAAGAAGAUCAAGAAGGAGAUGAGGAAGGGCAGCAAAGGAGGCUCAGAUUCAAACAGUAAUUCAAGGGCGAGUACCCCUGUAGGAGAUAGAACAGCACCUACACCCUCUAGGAUUAAGAAAAGGUCCCUGGGAGAUGAUGAGAGAUCUACCAGCUCAAGAGACGAGGAGGGGAGUGCUGCUGCUAAAGGAGUAGUGGGUCGGGUGAAGAGAAAGAAGGAAGAUAUUCCUGCACUCAAGACACUGCCAUCCUUCUCAGAUGAGGUUCGUGAUGGAAAAAUCAAUGUUGAACUACCGAUUGAUCUCAAGUAUAUUCUCUGCAGAGACUGGGAUAAUAUUGUAAAUAAAAAAAGACUGUUUACUAUUCCAGCCAAGGUGACUGUAACGCAUAUUAUUGACCAGUAUAUUGCCCAUCUAUCCACAGAGCAGACAAAACUAUCCAGGAAAUCUAUUGCAGCAGAGAUUGUGCGAGGGUUUGGAGAAUAUUUUAAUGUAGCACUUGGUUCCCAGCUUCUUUAUCAAGUAGAGAAACUUCAGUAUAAAGAGGAUUGUGAAAGUAAGGGUGCAGUCCAACCCUGUGAUAUAUAUGGGUCAACUCAUCUGCUAAGGUUAAUGGUUCGGAUUGGGGAGUACAUAACAGCAGGUUCAUUUUCAGAUCAGAAUAUAAAGAUGAUAGAGGAGCACGUGGAGGAUUUUCUAGCAUAUCUCAACACAAACAAAUCUAUGUUCUUUAAGAAGAGAAAUUAUCACACAGCAACACAAGAUUACAUCAUCAAAUCUAUAAAACUUCAUUAAAUCAACAUGUUUUCCAAUGCAACGCAACCCCUAUCUAAUUUACCAUAACAUUUAAGUUUUCUCAUUUUUCUUCGUUUUAAAAACUUUACAUAAAACUUUCAAGAUUUCAGAACUGUAUUCUGUUAAUGUUUAUUAAACUUUCCAAUAUUUGUUAUCCUAAAAGUAAAAUCAAAAGCGAUCGCUAUUACACGUUAGUUUUUUCAUCGUUUUAAAUCUUUUUUCUGUCAAAAUUUGUCAUUGUGUAAGAAAAGCAAAUGUUUAGAAUAAACGUAAUUCACAUUACUAUUUAA